CUGCCAAAAAUCCAUCAACUGUUGAAAAUUCAUCACCUGCCAAAAAUCCAUCAACUGUUGAAAAUCCAUCACCUGCCAAAAAUCCAUCAACUGUUGAAAAUCCAUCACCUGCCAAAAAUCCAUCAACUGCACGAUCAGGAUCUCAACGUCGGCAAAAUUCACCUGGUGCUAUUAACGUUAACGACCAAGGUACAUGCACUGUGUACGAUCGUUCGUUUACUACAUAUACCAUAAUUACUACAUCAGAAACUUUAGUAAUCUCGUCAACACAAACGCCUAGCGAAGGAUCACCAAGUGGAACAAGCAGUGGAAGUACUGUAACUACACCACCUAUUUCGUCGGCAUCAAGUUGCUUUUACAAUGAAUUAACAGGAUUUAAUUUCAUUGUAGUAUCAAAAGGUUUUAAUCAUUGUAUUGCAAAAAUUUAUAAGUAA